AUGAAUUUUCUUAGCAUCACCAAAGAAGCUUCUACAGGGGUUGCCCCGAUACUGGUCGAAGACAGCGGUCAAAACUCUAUAGUGAUCAUAAGCGGAGCCAACUUUGAAAUCACGCCAGCAGAUGUGAACCAAGCUAUGGCUCAGAUGGAUUACCCUAAAGUGUUGGUGUGUCAGCUUGAGAUUUUGCAAGGUACUGUUCUAGCUGCUUUGAAGGAAGCAAGAUCCUUUGGAAUUACAACUGUAUUCAAUCCUGCCCCCGGUAUACCUGACUUACCAGACGAAUUUUAUCAGUAUAGUGAUAUUUUCUGCCCAAAUGAAACUGAGACACAACUCCUGACAGGUCUCUCAGUAUCCAAUGUAGAAGAAGCUAAGAAAGCAUCUUUAGUUCUUCUUGAUAAGGGUUGUAAGACCGCUGUUAUAACAAUGGGAAGUGAGGGGGCCGUCUAUGCCACCGCAGAAUCAAGAACUCCAAUACAUGUUCCCACUGAUGCUGUAACAGCAGUUGAUACUACAGGAGCUGGUGAUGCGUUCAUUGGUUCUCUGGCGUUUUAUCUCGCAAACCAUCCCUCUCUGGAUCUCGGUGAGAUGAUAAAAAGAUCAUGUGCAAUAGCAUCAAUUAGUGUCUUAGCUCCUGGUACUCAAACCAGCUUUCCUUGGAAACAAAACCUCCCUUCUAGUUUAUUAUGAAUGCUCUUCCGACAUUUCAAUAUAUGUAAUGCAGGGAUGUAUUAAAUAAAGAGUUCUUUUUCAUCUUUUUGCCUUCUGCUUUUUUCAGCAUUUAACUUUUUCCAACAAUUAGUAUUUUCAGCUAUUUUUAUUUGCAAUCACUUUGUGAUAAUAUUCUGCUUGUGUGUAGCAUGAGAUACACCAGAACAAAUUAAAAGCACUUUACAAAGAUAACUAUUUAAUGAAUAGAACUCAUUUUAUCAUGUAAAAGGUAUUGGUAGAAAAUUCAGUUGGAGAGAGACAUAUAAAUGAAGAUAUGGCAACACCCAUUGAAGAUUUCUGAAUUUGAGUUUGUGACAACGCAUGCAAGCAGCCCUUCCUAUUUGCCAUACUGCAGCAAUAUAUUUCUAAUGUUUAAUGCUCAUCAUCUUUUCUUGAAUAUGAAAAUUGUUCUUGAUUAAAUGUACAAAGAAAAUCAUUUGAAACUUUCUGAGUAAGUGACACUUUACAAUAUUUAAAUAGCAUGGUAGAUGGAAGAGCUGCUCACAUGUGAUGAACCAUCCUUAAAGGACAAGUCCACCCCAACAAAAAGUUGAUUUGAAUAAAUAGAGAAAAAUCCAACAAGCAUAACACUAAAAAUUUCAUCAAAAUCAGAUGUAAAAUAAGAAAGUUAUGACAUUUUUAAGUUUCGCUUAAUUUCACAAAACAGAUAUAAAAGUAUGCACAUCCUGGCUGGUAUGCAAAUGAGGAGACUAUGACGUCAUCCACUCACUAUUUCUUUUGUAUUUUAUUACAUGAAAUAUGAAAUAUUCUAAUUUUCUCGUCAUUGUCGAGUGAUACAACGAUUAAUUCCUCCCUGAACAUGUGUGAUUAGCAUUGUUUUAUACUGCAUGGUUCAGUCAAGUUGGUCCUUAUUGUCAAAUCUAUAAAAAAUGAAAUAUCGUAAAAUUCAAACAAUAAAAAACAAAAAAAAUAGUGAGUGAUGGACAUCAUCUACUGACUCACCUAGUUGUGCAAAUCACUGUUUUGUGACAAAUAAGCGAAACUUUGAAAUGUCAUAACUUUCUUAUUUUACAUCCGAUUUUGAUGAAAUUUUCAGCACUUUGCUAGUUUAAUUUUUCUCUAUUUAUUCAAGUCAGCAUUUUCCUGGGGUGGACUUGACCUAAUAAUGUAAAAAUCUGUCACUGUUGCUACGUUUUCAUCAAACCUCCAUUUAUACAUUUUUCUUAUUUUCUGCUUGUGUUCAAAAGCUACUUGAUGUAAGGGUGGAUUUACUCUUUAAUCUCUCUGUUCCAACUUUCUCUUUCUUUCUUUUUCUUUCCUCCUAUAUCGCUCUUUCCUCUCCCUUUAUUUCAAAUCCCCCUAAUUCAUCCUUUUUUCCAUUAUGGUGCCAGAUGAAAAUGGCAGAAUUAGAAUUAAAUGACUUUUGUUUCUAGAUAUUUCUGCCAUUUUUGCCUCUGCCACUUAUACUUGCCUCUUUUUACCCUGCUUUGUCAAAUACAUCCUCUUUCCAUUAUGUUGCCAGGUGAAAAUGUCAGAGGUAAAAAAUGGCAUUAGUAAAAUACAGUGCCAUUUUUGUUUUAAUACAUUUGCCAUUUUUACCCCUUCAUGCAAUGUUUUCCUCUGCCACUUUUACUUCUGCAAUUUUUUUUAACCUCUGUCUUUCUGACCCUUGUUCUGUCCAAUUCAUCUUCUUUCCUUUUUGGCAUCAGGUAAAAAAGUCAUAGGUCAAAAUGGCAGAAGUAAAAAUCAAUUCCAUUUUGCUUUAUAUACACCUGCCACUUUUACCCCUGUAAUUUUUUCCCAUGCCACUUUUACUUCUCCAAUUUUCACCUCUGUCACUUUAAUAACCCUUGUUCUGUCCAAUUCGUCCUCUUUCCUUUUUGGUAUCAGGUAAAAAUGUCACAUGUCAAAUUGGCAGAAGUAAAAAUCAAUGCCAUUUUUCUUUAGAUACACCUGCCAUUUUUACCCUUGCAGUUUUUUCCUCUGCCACUUUUACUUCUGCAAUUUUCACCUCUAUCACUUUAACCCCUGUUCUGUCCAAUCCAUCUUUCCUUUUGGUAUCAGGUAAAAAUGUCAGAGGUCAAAAAUGGCAUUAGUAAAAUACAGUGCCAUUUUUGUUUUAAUACAUUUGCCAUUUUUACUCCUUCAUGCAAUGUUUUCCUCUGCCACUUUUACUUCUACAAUUUUUUUUUACCUCUGUCACUCUAACCCUUGUUCUAUCCAAUUCAUCUUCUUUCCUUUUUGGCAUCAGGUAAAAAAGUCACAGGUCAAAAUGGCAGAAGUAAAAAUCAAUUCUAUUUUUCUUUAUAUACACCUGCCACCUUUACCCCUGUAAUUUUUUCCUAUGCCACUUUUACUUCUCCAAUUUUCACCUCUGUCACUUUAAUAACCCUUGUUCUGUCCAAUUCGUCUUCUUUCCUUUUUGGCAUCAGGUAAAAAAUGUCACAUGUCAAAAUGGCAGAAGUAAAAAUCUAUGCCAUCUUUCUUUAGAUACACCUGCCAUUUUUACCCCUGCAGUUUUUUCCUCUGCCGCUUUUACUUCUGCAAUUUUUUUACCCAGGAUGCCUUUUUUACCAAUCAUGCUCUGUGUGAUUCAUCUUCUUUCCAUUAUGGUGUCAGGUAAAAUAUGUCAGAGCUCACAAAUUCAAUGCAAUUUUUGCUUAAGACAUGUCUGCCAGUUUUGCCUUAGCCACUUUUAUUUCUGCAUUUUUUUUACCCCCGUCAUUUUUACCUCUGAUAUUUUUACAUCCAACCUCCAUAUUUACUCAGUGUCUUUAAAAUUUAGUAAUCUGUUGACCCAGUAUUCUUUUAAAGUCAACUGUAGAAAUUUUGGGGUAUGCCAUUUUUGUAAAGGCUCAUCAGCGCCUUUACUGGAUUCCCAGAAUUGGUUUGAUAUUGAAAUAUGUUCCUUGAUGACCUAUCCCUGGCUUUAUAUCUGUGUAGAAUUUCCUUAACUUGAUUUCUAAGUUGCCAUUAUCUACACUGGUAUAUUCAUAUGGAAAAUCUUUAUAAUUUAUCUCCUAUCGCAAUCUCUCGAGUUUGUCUAGUUGCUCAAUACAUUUAUUUCUGUCAAUUUUUUUUGGAAGGAAUCUAUUACUUUAUUAUUUUUGUCAAUUGUUAAGUAUUGGUCCUUUAACCUAUGAAUCAUGUAUAUUUUUGUCUUUUUGAUUGAAAUAAAUGAAUAAAUGAAAUUGAA